AUGAAACCCCACAAAACCGAUGAUAUCCAAGUCGCUCAUGACGAAAACCCCGAGCAAGAUCAUAGCAGUGCGCAGGCGACGCGUUCGAAGGCUGCUGAAUUCUUAGCCGAUAAUUCGAGUGAGCAACCCAGCUUCACAUAUGAAGAAGAGAAGGCCGUUCUUCGUCGAAUUGACUCACGGGUACUCGUCCUUGUACUGUGGGCUUAUUUCUUCCAGCAACUGGACAAAAGUACACUAAGUUAUGUUUCCAUCUUUGGAAUUUCAGAAGAUGCCAACCUGGUUGGUCUUCAGUACUCCUGGCUUGGGUCAAUACUCUACCUCGCACAACUGGUAAUGCAACCAUUGGCAGCCUUGAUCCUCGUGAAGCUUCCAACUGGCAAGGUCUUGGCUUCGGCCAUAUUUCUCUGGGGCUCUUCCCUUACCAUCAUGACAGCCUGUACCGACUUUCCAUCGCUCCUCGGCUUACGCUUUGUUCUCGGGUCCUUUGAAUCUCUGAUUGCUCCGUGCUGCGUGGCUAUCACCCAGAUGUGGUGGCGCCGGAGUGAACAGACUCUACGAGUCAGCUACUGGAGUGCGAUGAAUGGCGUCACGGCUAUAAUUGGUAGUCUACUCACAUAUGGCCUCGGUCAUAUUCAUAGCACUGUACUAUUUCGCUAUCAGACCAUCUUCUUGUUCUGCGGGCUGCUGACUGUGGCUUACUCGCUCGUGGUCUUCUGGCUCAUGCCAGAUUCACCAAUGGACGCUCGAUAUCUGAACCAGCGGGAGAAGUUCAUUGCUACAGAGAGACUCCGAGCAAACCAAAUGGGCAUCGUUACCCAGAAGUGGCGAUGGGACCAUGUCCUAGAGGUGGCACUUGAUCUCAAGACUUAUUGCUGGUUCUUCACCAUCGUUGCGAUUUCUAUUGCAAGCGGCGGGAUUUCGUCAUUCGGGUCUUUGAUUGUCAAGUCCUUUGGCUUCAACAGCUUCCAGACAAUUCUAUUCAAUAUCCCAUUCGGCGUCGUUCAAGUCAUCGCUAUAGUAGGCGCCGGUUGGAUCGCCACUCGCACCCAACGCAAGGGCCUUGUCAUCUCGGGGAUGAGCAUAAUGCCCGCAGUUGGCGCCAUCUUAAUGCUAACAGUCCCUCGAAAGCAAAAGGGAGUCCUUCUUUUUGGUUACUAUCUGGUUUCAACAUUGGCAGGAAUAACUCCUAUGCUUUAUGCAUGGCAAGCUCAAAACACCGCAGGUGAUACCAAAAAGAAGUGCACGUCUGGCAUUGUUUUUGUUGGCAUGUGUGCUGGCAAUGUCAUUGGUCCACUUCUCUUUUCUACCGAUGAUGCGCCUUUAUAUCGAACAGGUUUAAUAGCCGAUCUUGCUAUGUUUGUCGCGGUUGGAGUUAUGGCUGGUCUCAUCCCAAUUUAUCUUGCAUACCUGAAUAAGAAGCACGAGAAAAUGCGAGUCGAGCUAGGGAAGUCCGGUCAUGUGGCUGACAUGUCUAUGCUUCGGAAGGACCAGAUCAAAGCAAACGAAGCUGCUGGUCUUGAGAAUGACAAGAAUCAGAAGAACUCUGUUGAUCAAGACAAAGGUCUGUUGGAUGUGACCGACUUGAAGAACGAGGAUUUCAUCUAUGUCUAUUGA